AUGGCAGCAGUGACUGGCAGCUUGGCACACCGUCACGCCGCGUUCAUCCUCUCCGUGACUAUGUGCGCAAACAUUGACCGUGCCCAAAAGGCAAAGAACCGACGGACUCUGCCCGAACCUAGGCCAUCCAUAGCCAUUGGUCUUAAAAAUGCCGGGUAA